AUGGCCACCCAGGAGCUUGCCCUGAAGCUGCAGCUGCGGCUGAGGCUGGAGCAGGAGUCCGAGGCCGUCCAAGGGCCGCAACAGAACGGCCCGGACGGGGAGGACUGCAGAGUGCGGUCGGAGCCCGCGCGAGGCCAGAGCCCGGGCCGCUCGACCUCCGGGGAGGAGCAGCCGGUCAAGGAACUCACGGCCAACGCUGACUGGGAGCUGAAGGCUCAGCUGAGCCGCAACGAAAGCAUCCACGAGGGCACGGCGCGGCGCAGGCCCACCAAGGUCUUCAAACCCUACACCGAGUUCCCGGAGUUCAGCCGCCAGCAGAACAAGGACAUGGAGAGCCUCUUCCGACCGUAUGAUUCUGGUAAGGUUGGCUACAUCGAUCUGAUGCAACUGAAACUGAUGAUGGAGAAGCUGGGAGCCCACCAGACCCACCUGGGGCUUAAGAACAUGAUCGAGGAGGUGGAUGAGGACCUAGACAGCAAGCUGAGCUUUCAAGAGUUUCUGCUGGUUUUCCACAAGGCCGCCGCAGGGGAACUGGGGGACAGUGGCUUGAUGAUUCUGGCAAAGCUCUCGGAGAUCAAUGUGGCCAUGGAAGGAGUGAAAAGGGCCAAGAACUUUUUCGAAGCCAAGGUCCAUGCCUUGUCUGUGACCAGCAGAUUUGAAGCUGAGCAGAUGGCCAGAAAACAGGAGAAGCAGAGGAAACACCGGAGGGCUCUUUUCCGAGAGUACCAAGCGUCCUUCUCUCAGUAA